GCUGACUCUACACAGUUACACAGUACACGUCAACUUCCAUUUUUUUCAGCAAAUUUCGUCAAUUGUUCAUUUAUAUUUAAACCUUCCAAUCGGCAAUCAUUAUGGAUCGAAGCCGAUCCGACUAGUGAUUUCGUUAUAGUUUUCAAAUGUCGUGAAGUCGGCUUAUCUUGUUCAAAAUGAGAGCCGUCACUUUUGUGGAUCGGCUGACCUUAGAGAUUCCCGGCUCAGUCGCUCAAUGUGGAAUAUUCUUGGCCGAUGUGAAUGAUGAUGGAGAAUCCGAGCUAAUUGUUGGAACUACAGAAGGAGAUCUUUUUAUUUACAAGGGUAGAAGUGGAAAUGUUUGGAAGAAAGCUUCAAACCUUGGAUUUAUCACAGCGAUCAGCGUUGGCGAUCUUUUCAAUAUGGGAUACUCGGUGCUAGUGGUGGCCACCGGAUGUGGAUGGGUUAACGUCUUUGAUUUUAGCAAAUACAGCGCCGAGGAUGAAUUCGAACCUACGUUUAAACAACGUGUGCCGGCCAAUAUCCGUGAUAUGAUUAUUUCCGACGUAACUCAUGACGGCUUGUCAGAGCUUGUUAUUAGUUUGACAGAUCGGGUUGUGAGGAUGUAUCGUUGGACAGUCUUCGGUUUGGGAGAGGAGGAAGGACAGGAAAAGGAAGAGGUUGAGGAGAAGGACGAGGAUGAAGAGAGUCCGAGUAGUCCUGUCGUCUCCCCAACUUCCUUAAACCUGAUGGCAUCCCGGGAAUCAGGACGGUUGGUUUGUAUUAACAAAUGGGAGUUUGCCUCGCAGAUUGGAACAGUAUCGAUGAACAAGGAUUCAGACGGUAAACCCGCAAUUCUUAUUGGACAGCCGGGAGGGGCGUUUCUUAGGCUUAGAUGCAGAGAUCUUGAUAAAGAAGGAGGUAAAAAACAAGAAGAUACAGGAGUUGAAAUUGAAGAAUCAGAGAAUCCGACAUUUAAGGGACUGCUCUCGGAGGAAGAUUCUCUCAUAUCCUCUAUGUCAGUUGAAUAUGAACCUCUGGGAAUAAAUAGACGGGCAAAUCCAAAUGUUAGUUCUGAGAUUUUGGGAGGAUUUGAGACAGGAGGAGAGGGGAAAGGAACUAGGUUCGCAAUCACAACCCUAGAUGGUUCUAUUCUACUAGUAGAUGAUGAUAGUAAGAAGAAGUCUGUAGAUUGUAUAAUGUGGAACCUGCAGGUUGAUCACCAGAUCAUGUGUCUCUCUAAACUAGAUAUUACAGGGAAUAAAAGUGACGAGGUUAUUGCCUGUAGUUGGGAUGGGCAGACCUAUAUUAUAUCCCAGGACAAGCAAGCAGUACGGUUUAAGUUUGAAGAAUCAGUUUCAACCUUUACAGCUGGCAGGUUCACCUUGGGCCCGGAGAACACCCAACCCGUCCUGGUCUAUGUUACUCUGAGCAACAAGAUUCAGAUCUACUAUAAUCUUUGUCUCGGAACAGAUUUAACUUUAUCAAGUUUAAUACAUUAUCCACCGAUGCUGCGAGAAGCAGGAGAUACUCUUAAAUCAUUAGGCUGUGAACCUGGAAACCUGGCACACUUGCGACAGAUUUAUAAUUAUUGCUUGUACGGACUGCCUGAUUCAGAACUAUAGCGCCUAUCUAUUCGAACUGCCUGAAUCAGGACUAUUAUUGCAUGUACAUGCUUUUUGGUGCAGAAUUCAGAAUUAUAUUGCCUGAUUUAUGAUCAAAGUCAGUCGUAAACUUAUACUUAUUUGGUUUAUUUUUAUACAUACAUCAAACUUACAUUAUGCUGUUUUUAUGUGGAGGGAAAAAAUCAAUCUUGCUUUUCUUGUAAGUGGCUACCAAUGGGCAAUAUAAGUGGCCUCUUAGCAUUAGUAGGGAAGCGAUGCAUCCAAAAUUAUAUAUUUUGAUAUAUUUCAGAAAAA